AUUAACAUCCUUCUGUGUUCCAAGGCAUCAUCUUUUCUUUUCAGACAUGCGAAGUUUUAGAGAUUAGUGCAUUUAUUGAACUUAUUAAUCGUUGAUAAUGACCGACCCUGUUUCAUUGAGUUUGCCAGCUUUGUCGAGAUCAAGCAGUUUAGUUAGAUACCACGGAAUCCCUAAAAGAUAUGACGAAACAAGACCAGUUCUCAUCCAAGGAAAUGCUCAUCGGAAGAUCAUAGGAAUCGGACGAGAUUUGGAAAAAAGAGUUCAAGAUAAAUAUGAUCAUGAGAAGCAGAGAGCAAUCAGGGAUGCUGAACAAGCCGUGUGGGCAGAAGCUGAACAGCUUAAAGCUGCAGCACUGUUAAAAGCUAGGGAGGACUCCUCAAUAGAUUUGGAGAGAGCAAUCAAGAAAAUUAAUAGGCAACAUGAAAAGGCAUUAAAGGAAGAGGCUCUGAAGGUUGAGAUGGCGAUGCAGAAAUUGGCCAUAGAACAAGUCAAGCAGGAGAGAGCAGAGGCUGAGGAACGCUUAAAGGAAGCAGUGCGGAAAACAGAGGCCCGCUGUCAUCAGGAGUUAUUGGAUGCUGUGGAAAAAGCUCGCGAGGAGGAGAAAAAAAUAGCUGCUGAGGAAGCUGUGAAAGUGGCAAAGGCAGCAAAGGAAAAAUUUGAGAAGGCAGUUCAAUUAGCAGCGGAAGAGAAGAAGAAAGCGCUGAAAGAUUUGGAAGAGAAGAAGGACAAGGAGAAACAGAAAGCAGUGGUUGAAAUGGAGGUGGCUCAGAAAAAGAUUGCGGCAGAACAUCUGGAAAAAUUAAAGAAAGAGUAUGAGCUUAUCAAUGCAAAAUUAAAAGAGGAAAUCAAGGGAAAGCUGGGUAUCAUAGACAAGCUAAACCUCCAGAUAACGUGUGUAGAAAAAGCCAAGAAAAAUGUGGAAGAAGUGCUUCACGAUACCAAAACUGAUUUCCAAGACUUUAUUGAUAGAUUGCCCGAAUCAAUCAAGGGCCAGGUCGGGUAUAUGGUCCGACCUAUAUACAUUGAUGAGAUUGGACGAGUGCCUACUAUUGUAUAAGAGCUGCAUAGGUUUUGAAUAGAAACGGUUAGAUGCCUUCAGAUGGGUUGCUUUUAUGUACAAUAUAUAAACACUGCAUUUAUAUGAAGUACAUCUACUAGAUAUAAGUUUUCUGUCUUUGCACUGUCAUGGAUGUAUGAGAAAGAUGAAAGCAAUCAGUGAUUUGUAAAGCAACCUCAAUCAAAAAAUACAGUAUUGUCUGUAAGAAUUGUUUACACUAGAAAUCUCCUGUACCAUUUGUCUUUUAUGCACAUGCCAGUAUUUUCCCUUGGAAGUGAUCGUGCAGAAUUUUUCUAACCUUCAAAUUCAAAUUAAAUAGAUUAAUUUUUCUCAUGACAAGAAAUACUCAAGAUUUGUGCGAGUCUGGAAUUGGAGAAUCAGGGUUUGGCUCUCGGUAUCUUUUAUACAGUGAUCAAUAAGAAUUGUUUUAUUUGAUAUACACUCUUUCUUUUUAAAAGGUCUGUAAUAUUGAAUACAAUUUUGAUUUCAAUGUACAUAUUAUAUAUGUAUCUUUUACUAUUACAAUCACCAUUUUUACAUGCACUGAUAGUUGGUCACAAAUUUGAUAUCUGUGAUAAAAAUAUAUUUUCGCAGCAGUAUAAUUCUGCUGUGUGAAAACAUAAAAGUAUUGAUUAGACUGUGAUAAUUUAAUGUACAAUAUUAAUGAAUUUCAUUUGAAAUUUGAUGUAGCCCAUAAGUAUCAAUAAUCACCUCUUGCCGGCAACAGAGAUACACACUAAUAAAGCACCCAUAACCCUACACUGUAAACCUGGCACAGCGGACAUAAUUGUGAAUUUAAUUAUUAAGAGAUUUCCACAGGGUAUGCCAAAUGUUAAAGGCAUGCAGGAAUAUAUAACUGCAGACAUGUUUCAAAUCAAUUGUCUUAUUUAAUACAAAAGAAUUAAAAAACAUAAUGGCCUUCAGACUUGCAGCAUAGAAUCUGGUCACUGAUGAAGAAAAUUGUCUCAUUUCAUUAAUCUGAGUAUUGUCUAUAUUUAUUUUUUGGUGUAUAAAAAUUUAUGUAAACAUUUGUACUUUUUGUUGGUACAGCAUGCUAUCAGAGUAUUUUGUUUGGAGAAAUUACAAGAAGUUCAGUUAUUAGAAUUUUCAGGGUGCAGCACAGAUGAUGUAAUUGUGUGAGCAUUGUUGAGUGACCAGAUUAACAAUCGAUCCUGCCUUGCAUUAAGUUUCCACUGAUCAAGUCACAGGUUAUUUUUAUACACUUGUUUUAUUUUGAAAAUUAUACACUGAAAGCAAUAAAACUAUUAAUCUUAUCA